AUGAUAUGGCACAAGAAAAAUCCCUUUAAAGUUUCAUUCUUUCUCUGGAGGUUGCUGAAACACAAAGUAGCUGUUGACCUUAACUUGGGGAAAUUUGGCAUCAACAUCCCUUCUAUGUGUUCUUGUUGCAUCAGUCAUAAAGAGGAAUCUGAGGAGCACCUAUUCUUUGAUAGUAUGAUCGGCAACAAUAACUGGAAGUAUUUCAAUCAAGUGUUUGGCAUCAGUAGUGGUCCGGCUAAUCUAAGACAUCUUAUGAUCACUUGGUGGCUGACAAAAGGUAAAAAUGACAUUCAAAAAAUAGCUCUUCAAAUUCUUCCUGGAAUUAUUGUAUGGCAGGUAUGGAAAGCAAGAUGUAAGAGCAGAUUUGAGAAUGUAAAAAUGCAUCAUAACAGGAUUAUCCCUCAAAUUUGUCAACAACUUAUUAUCAUUAUCCACAAGCAAAUUCCCAGGAUCCCUCCUUUGCUUGAUUGGGAAGUUUUUCAAAAAGUGAUGGAGUUUGCUAAGGAGUAA